ACGCCCCCGAACCCAGCUGCAGAAGCGGCCGCCACCUCCGAAGCACAAGGUGUCACCUCGCAAAAGGAUCCUGAGCCUGGGGAAGGCUGCGCGUGCGACCCGGCAGGGCUGGCGCGAACUGCACGCCGGGCGCUGGGCAGCGCAGGAGCCCCGGGACCGUGGCCUCCGCGGCGGACCCCAGGGACCCGAUCCGGGGAUCCCGGCUCCACACUCUCCUCGCAUUUUUCAGAUCCACUUCCCUCCCCGACUCUUGCCCCAAAACGGAGCCUUUAUAUCCGGAGAAGGUGCGGGAGGCGGAGCACCCCGGACUUUCCUGGGCACCCAAGAUGCGCUCUAUUAGGAAGAGGUGGACUAUCUGCACUAUAAGUCUGCUCCUGAUCUUUUAUAAGACAAAAGAAAUAGCAAGAACUGAGGAGCACCAGGGGACGCAACUCAUCGGAGAUGGUGAAUUGUGUUUGAGCCGAUCACUUGUCAAUAGUUCUGAUAAAAUUAUUCGAAAGGCGGGCUCGUCAAUCUUCCAGCACUCUGUAGAAGGAUGGAAGAUCAAUUCCUCUUUGGUCUUGGAGAUAAGGAAGAACAUCCUUCGUUUCUUAGAUGCAGAACGUGAUGUCUCAGUGGUGAAGAGCAGCUUUAAGCCAGGUGAUGUCAUACACUACGUGCUGGACAGGCGCCGGACACUAAAUAUUUCCCAUAAUCUGCACAGCCUCCUACCUGAAGUUUCACCAAUGAAAAAUCGUCGGUUUAAGACCUGUGCAGUUGUUGGAAAUUCUGGCAUUCUGCUAGAGAGUGGAUGUGGAAAGGAGAUUGACAGUCAUAAUUUUGUAAUAAGGUGUAAUCUAGCUCCUGUGGUGGAAUUUGCUGCAGAUGUGGGAACUAAAUCAGAUUUUAUAACCAUGAAUCCAUCAGUUGUGCAAAGAGCAUUUGGAGGCUUUCGGAAUGAGAGUGACAGAGCAAAAUUUGUGCAUAGACUGUCCAUGCUGAAUGACAGUGUCCUUUGGAUCCCUGCUUUCAUGGUCAAAGGAGGAGAGAAGCACGUGGAAUGGGUUAAUGCGCUAAUCCUUAAGAAUAAACUGAAAGUGCGAACUGCCUACCCAUCACUGAGACUUAUCCAUGCUGUACGAGGUUACUGGCUAACAAACAAAGUUCCCAUCAAAAGACCCAGUACCGGUCUCCUCAUGUACACGCUUGCUACAAGAUUCUGCGAUGAAAUCCACCUGUAUGGAUUCUGGCCCUUCCCGAAGGACUUGAAUGGAAAAGCUGUCAAAUAUCAUUACUAUGAUGACCUUAAAUACAGGUACUUUUCCAACGCAAGUCCUCACAGAAUGCCAUUAGAAUUCAAAACAUUAAACGUGCUGCAUAAUAGAGGAGCUCUGAAACUGACUACAGGAAAGUGUAUGAAGCAAUAAAGCACAUUUUAGAACCUGCGGACAAACUGAAAAUGCACUUCGUUUCUGAAGAUGCUUCCGAAGAAUUGAAAAUAGGAUCCAAAUCAAAGCUGGGUGUAAGCAUUCGCAAAUUAACUGAAAGGUUGAUAAAAGCAGUUCAUAUGAAAUCCACUACCAGCUGAAGUAAUACCUGCAAAGUGCUCUAAAAAAUAAAUAUUGUGACUGCAAGGGUCCUAGUAAGUGCCACUUCCACUAAGAAUACAGUUUGAAUGUAUAAUCUGUAGUGUUUACAAGACCCAACAAUGCACUUCUCAUUAAUUAACGAAGCAAAGAUGUUCAUCAUCGUCGGGCUGCCGCCGCAACGCCAAGCACACCAGAAGAGAAAUCGGGGAACACCACUCAGCCCUUGAGAAAUUAAACCAUCCUUGUCAGCAGAAAACACGAUGCAAACAUUUGAGCAGCGAAAGUUGGAAGAAUAAACAACGCAAGUAAAUGCCUUCAGUCAGGACUCCGAUCUGAUCAUGAAUUCUGCUUGUUUUUGUUUUUGUUUGUCCCUAGACUCUCUUUCGGUUGGAGUACUAGGUAUUUAGAAAUCUUUUCUGAGAUAUAAAAAUAGUAAACACAAUGAAUAAGAAAAAUAAAUGUCAAGUAAUAAUUUCUACGGUCUUUUAUAUUUUUAAAGAAGCUAUCACACAAGGAUUUUUUAAGUUUUAUUUUGCACAACUUUAAAACUGCAGUUUAUUUUUCAGUGGUGUUAAAGGUACCAGCUAAUCUGAACCCUUCGGUAAUAAUGAACCUUUCUGAAACAAAGAAGGUUCACAUCAUCUAAGAUGGUAAAAUUAGCAGACAAAAAUUGCACUCAUGGUACCAAAGAUUAUACUCAUGUUUCUACACAACAAACCAUACUCGUUUCAUGAAAAUAAUGCUAUUUACCUGAAAAUGUUUUCAUCCUACCAAUGUAAAAGUUGUCUUUAAAUGUUUUAAAAUUUAACAGAAUCUUUUUUUCAUUUAAAGGAGAACUUCUAUACCUUUUAGAUUUGAUAAUUUUGUGUACACAUUUCUUGCUUAGAAUAAGUGUUUGAUUGAUAGCUGACUUCUGGGUCUUAGGUAUUCUUCCUGUUGUUCAAACACAAAGAUUGGCACGCUGUUUAUAUCAUCACUAAACUUAGUGCAGAAAUAACAUGAUUAAUACAGUGUUGUUGAUUAAUUUCAAGACAUUUGACAAUGAAACUGUGUGUCAAUCAAUCCUACCUAAAAUCCAUUCAAUUCCCCAAUAUAUUCUCUACUCAAAUUUACCACAUUAUAAGUGAAUGUGUUCUUUAGGAAAAGCGGAUUGAUUCAUAAAGUAAUUUGAUACAAUUUAAUGAAUAAGAGUAUUAGGCAGUUUUCUGGUAACGUACAGGGAGAGAAUUCUGACGGCGCUUUUUUCUUUGGAAAGCAGAAGCACUGUGUUCUCACUUCUUCUCUGGCCAGGAACAACUUCUGUGCUUCUUGUUUCUUGGUGAAUGCAAUCUGGGGAAAGAAGAAAUAGCAGGAGAAAUAAGUUUGUUUUACUUCUUAGAGAAGGCAUUCUGAGAAAUAAAUAAAGCAUAUAUAUAUAUAUAUGAAUAUAUAAAUAGAUAGAUAUUCAUGUUACCAUGGGAAAGACUAUCCAUCAUAGUGCAGUGUUCAGUAUUUUUAAUAAUAUGUGGUAUUAUUUUUUAAAUGCUGUAUGAAAGAACAUAGGGAUGAAGAAGA